AUGGCACCAACAGCCACCGCCCCAAUCGCAGCAGCGAUCCCCUCCAUCCCCACCACCAUCAAGACCGCCGUCAACGCUACGAUCUCCACCGCCUCCACCUCCACCACCACCCUUAGCACCUCGGAGGUUAUCCAAAAGGAAGCCGAGUAUGGAGCACACAACUACCAUCCGCUUCCCGUCGUCUUCGACCGAGCCUCCGGUGCGCACGUUUGGGACCCUGAGGGAAAGCAAUACCUCGAUUUCCUCUCGGCUUACUCGGCCGUGAACCAAGGACACUGUCACCCUGCCAUUGUCGGCGCACUCGUGGCUCAAGCUCAGAAGCUAACGUUGAGCUCUCGAGCAUUCUACAACUCUGCAUUUGCACCUUUUGCUGAAAAGGUCACCAAGACGUUCGGCUACGAAAUGGUUCUCCCCAUGAACACGGGUGCGGAAGCUGUCGAAACCGCGCUCAAACUCGCCCGCAAAUGGGGUUACAUGAAGAAAGGAAUCCCGCAAGGCAAAGCGCGGCUUCUGUCUGUUGAGGGAAACUUCCAUGGAAGGACGUUGGGUGUGAUUUCCAUGUCUACCGAUCCUGAAUCGAGGGAUGGAUUCGGUCCUUUCCUUGACCGAGUAGGACCUGGAGUAGAGGAUCUUCAGAUUCGUUAUAACAACGCCGAUGACCUCGAAAAGGUGCUGGACAAGUAUGGUGAAGAGGUAGCCGCCUUCCUUGUGGAACCGAUUCAGGGUGAAGCUGGAAUUGUUGUUCCCCAUAAUGGAUACUUGAAGCGAGUGGAAGAGUUGUGCAAGAAACACAAUGUCUUGUUCAUUUGCGAUGAGAUCCAAACGGGUUUGGCAAGGACAGGAAAGAUGUUGUGCCAUCAACACGAUCAUGUUCGACCUGACAUUGUCACGCUUGGCAAAGCUCUGUCGGGAGGAGUAUACCCCGUAUCGGCCGUCCUUGCAGACAAGGAGGUGAUGCUAUGCAUUAAGCCAGGAGAACAUGGUUCCACUUACGGAGGCAACCCACUAGGCUGUGCAGUUGCUAGUGCAGCAAUCGACGUUCUGGUCAACGAAAACUUGUCCGAACGAGCCCAAGAACUAGGAGCCAAGUUCCGUCAGCAACUCUCGCAAAUCCAACACCCUCUCUUGGCCAGUGUUCGAGGUCGAGGUUUGCUAAACGCUAUUGUCAUUGAUCAACACAAGUCUACGAAGGGCAGAGGCGCUUGGCAAUUGUGCUUGCUACUGAAGCACAAAGGUCUACUGGCAAAACCAACUCAUGUUAACAUCAUCAGACUAGCUCCCCCUCUUGUCAUCAGUGAAGAGGAUCUGCAAAAGGCAGUCGAGAUUAUUACCGAGGCUUUGCACCAGUUGGACUCGCUCGAUGCUAUUCCUGGCGAUGAUGAGCACCAUUAA